AUGGAUGCAGGCAUCUAUGUUGGAAAUGAUAAGGUAAUCCAUUUCACCAGAGGACAAGGUCAAGAAGUCAGGACUGGAACUGUGCUGGAUGCGCUUCUAUUAAGCUCCUUACCAGCCCGAUAUCAGCUCUGCUCCACCUGCUUCACUUGCCCACAACUAGCAGAAGGUGAUGGAGUCGUCUCUUCCUGUCUAGAUUGUUUUCUCGCUGGUGGGGUCCUGUACCAUUUCGAGUAUGGUGUCAAUCCUGUUCUCUUUCUAGCAAAAGCACGGGGUGGAACAUGCACCACUGCUGUCUCAGACCCAGAUGAUAUUGUAGUCGACCGAGCAACCUACCUGCUUAACAAUGGCUUUCGGAGUUAUAAUGUUUUCGAGAGCAACUGUGAAGAUUUUGCAAUUUACUGUAAGACCAGUCUGCUUGUUGUUGAACAAGGAGCAAUUGGCCAUAGUGGUCAAGCAACAUCAAUAAUAGGUGGGUCUGUCUCUGCCAUCUUGGCAACACCAUUGUGCCUUCUUACCACCAAUGUGUAUGGGAUAGUAGCAACAGGGAUUGGGCUCUACUGUCGAAUCCGGUAUGCUACAGAUAUUGGCAUGAGGAAGGAAGUGGAGAAGGUAGCAGUGGAAGAUCUCAGUAAGUUUCUACCAAGAAAAUAAGAUCUCAGCAAGUGAGACUUGAUUUUCAUGAACAAUGUAUGUGAUACUGGGCUUGUUCCAUGGGUGGUCUUUGAUCAAUAAAUUGUUGGAAGCUGUGGUUCCCAACA